AUGCGAGCUUUCCCUUGCUGGUUCAACCUGAAGAUCACAUAUAACCUCGUCAUAGAAUGUAACCAGGAACUGCAGAUCCUUUCGAAUAUGGUAAUAUAUUCUCUUUCUAUAUUUCGAAUAUGGCGGCGUGCUUGGCUUGAAGUGCUUGAGAAGAAAAACCGAAAAAGAAUUCAGUUCGACCCUUACGAAACCCAAAACCCCAUGAAACUAGCAAUUGUUCUUGGAAAUUUCCAAACUGCUGAAACGAAGGAAUCACUUUUCUCAUUAACCAAAUUUCUCUUUCUUUUUCUGCCACACUCUUUUUUUCUUCCAUUAUUCAAAUCUCUUUCCUUUUCUUCUAAACGCUUUUUUCUCUUAUUACACAAGUCUGUCUUCUUGUCUUCCCUUUUCUUUUUAAUUAUCUUUCUCUCAUUAUCCAAGUCUCUACCUUUUUUUCCUCCCACACUCUUUGUCUUUCACUCUUCACUAGCCAAGUCUCUUCUUUCCCUGCUACCAACUUUUUUCUGUCAUUACACAAAUCUCUCUUUCUUUCUCCUACACUCUUUUCUCUCAUUAUUGAAGACUACUCUCUCUUUCUUUUUCUUCUAUACACUAUUUCUCUCAUUACACAAGUCUCUCUUUCUUUUUUUCCUACACCCUUUUCUCUCAAUAUUGAUAACUACGUAUAUAUCGUUUUCUUCCUUUUUCUCUUGUUAUUUAAGUCUCCUUUUUACGCUACGCUUGCAAUGUUCUUUCUAUCUUUCUCAAACCCCUCCCACCCCGAUUUUCUUCUUUCUUAAAUCAUACACUUGCUAUUUCUUUCCUUCUCUCCUCCCAGCCCUUCAUAUCUCCAUAUCUAUCUAUCUAUCUAUCUAUCAUAUGCAAUUUAUCUAUGCAAACAUGUUGAUGUCUCGUCUGAAAUCUACCUGGCCCAUAAAGAUCGAUUUUGUUGAAGUUCCCGACUUGUGCCAAGUCUAUCUUUCCUUUUCAUCUAUACUCUUGUCUCUCAUUACCCAAGUUUUUUUUCUUUUUCUCAUUAUCCAAGUCUCCCUUUUCAUCUGCACACUUUUUUCUCAUUGCAGUUUCUUUUUCCUUUCGUCUUCACUGUUUUUCUCUCUUUACACAUGUCUCUCUUUCAUUUUCUUUUAUUUAUUUUUCUCUCAUUGCACAAGUCACUCUUUCUUUUAUUCAUCUUCUCACAUUAUCCAAGCCUCUCUUUCAUUUUCUUCUCCACUCUUUUUCUCUCAUUACACAAGUCUCAUUUCCUUUUCUUUUAAUCUUUUCUUUUUCAUUAUUCAACACUCUCUUUCUUUUUCUUCUACACAUUAUUCUCUCAUUACCCAAAUCUCACAUUUCUUUUUUUACUCAUUUCCUCUCAUUACCAAACUCUUUCUUUCUUUUCAUUUUACUCAUUAUGCCUGUUUUUUUUUCUCGUUGCCCAUGUCUCUCCUUCAUUUCCUUCUACACUUGUUGCUGCUCCCAUAA